AUGGCGCCUCACCAACCCUCUCAAGAGUAUCUUGACAGCCGGAGGAUUAUCGGCAUCAAUACAGAAACCGUCACAGAUAUAUCAUCGAUCGACUACCCAGGCCACUGGACCGGCGAAGACCAUUCCUGGGACAUCAGCAAGUUCCGCGACAAUUUCCAAGUCAAAUUCCACUAUAAUAACCUAAACGAUGCCUCCUUCUCUCUGAUUGGGAUAGACGCUUCGAUUGCCAACGCAUUCCGUCGCAUUCUCAUCGCAGAGAUACCCUCGCUCGCUAUCGAGAAUGUCUUCGUAUACAACAACACCUCCGUCAUCCAAGACGAAGUCCUUGCACAGCGACUAGGCCUGGUUCCUUUCAAAGGUGGCAAAAGUGGCCUACUCGAUUUUUUGAAAUGGCGGCAAGCCCCGGACCCAGAGAAGGGCGAAGAAGCGGGCAGCACGAAUUUCGAUUAUAAUACUGUCGUGCUCUCUCUCCAAAUCGAAUGUACGAGGAAGGAAGGUGUCUCGAGGAGCGAAACGGACCCAUUCAAGGCAUACAAUCACGCUCACGUCUACGCGAAGGAUAUUGUAUUCAAGCCCUUUGGCAGGCAGGGGGAGCAUUUCAGUGGGAAGGACGCCAUCGUAACUACGAAUCCUGAUAUCCUUAUUGCGAAAUUACGGCAUGGCCAAUGUAUUGAUGUUGAGAUGCAUGCUAUUAAAGGGAUUGGUUCGGACCAUGCGAAGUUCUCGCCAGUCGCCCCAGCCAGUUACAGGCUGUUGCCAACGAUUACGAUCUUGAAGCCAAUAAUUGGAAAGGACGCGGAGAAAUUCCAGAAGUGUUUCCCCGAGGGUGUUAUUGGCCUAGAGGCGGUCACAAAGAAGGAGGCGUCACAGGAGGGGAGUGGUUAUGAAGGCCAUGACGGUGAGAUGAAGGCUGUUGUGGUUGAUCCUAUGAAAGAUACUGUCAGUAGGGAGUGUUUACGGCAUGAGGAAUUCAAGGACAAGGUCAAGCUAGGAAGAGUACGGGAUCACUUCAUAUUCGGCAUCGAGAGUGUGGGACAGUGGGAUAGUGAUGAGUUGUUCUUGGAGUCGGUCAAGGUUUUGCGGACGAAGUGUGAGGCGCUUAAGAAGAGUUUGACGUCUAUGCCGAAUAAUUAG